CGUCAAAACAAGAAAAAAAAAUCAAAAUAUUUUGUUGUUGCAUGAAAAACCUGAGACGAUAAAACUAAACUCAGUGAAAUAAUGAGUUCGAAAAAUAUUUUUUCGAAGCAUCUACCCAAUGUGAAGCUUGCAACGCGUUUUGAUGCCGACGGAAAUGAAAUCCAGGUCGAACGCCGCGAAGAUGAGGAGCAGAAGCGGAAAGAACAGGAAAUUAUCGACAUUCUCGUCGGAGCCGGAUAUUACCGGGCCCAUAUUCAGGGACUUUCAAUGUUUGAUAAAAUCGUGGGCGGGAUGACAUGGUGCAUCGAAGCUUGCGACUAUGAUGUCGACGUCGAUUUGCUGUUCCACGAGAAUCUGACUAUUGGACAGAAGAUCGCACUGACGGAGAAAAUUGUGGUUGUUCUACCGAAAAUGAAGUGUCCCUUCCAGCUUGAGCCCCACCAAAUUCAGGGGUUGGAUUUCAUCAACAUCUAUCCGGUGGUGGAAUGGUUGGUCAAGCGUUCGGCCGAGAACCGAAGUGAAAAGGCAGAGAAACUGAAAAAACUUGCAGCUUCCCAGUUUCAGAAUUAUUUCACUCUUCAAUCUGAUCUGGCGGCGAAACAAUUGCACACCAAGCAGUUGGAUAAUCUCAAAACGAUCGAGGAUCGUUACAUUCCGAAGAGACAAUUCAAAAGAAAGGAAAAAGGACCGGACGAUGUGAUGAGUCGGGUGAGAAUUACAUUGAUGGAGUAUGGAACGAGGGAUUUCACGGCCAAAACCAAUGUAGACAUAGCGGAGAUUGACGAUGCGCAUGAAUCGGAAGAUGUUUUCGGGAAAAUGCUCGAGAAAACCGAGCAGGAGCUUGAUUUCGAUCAGUUAUUCAAAAAUUUAUCAGUUGCAAAAGAGCAUAAUCUGGUUGGUGAGUUGACCGAAACAGAACGGAACGCACUGAAUCAGAACUACGAGGAUCUCAAGAGGGAAAUGUCUAUCGACACCAGCCAGCUUUCGGAACAGAACAAAAUAAAAACAAUGUUGGCAACGAAACUAGCUUUGACGAAAAAUCUGGAUCGAAUUAGGGCGGAAAAAAGUCAACUGCAAGAAGUUGUCCGUUUGGAACAGCAAGAUUUGGAGGAGCUGAAACGGGAGAAGGAAUCACUCCAGGAGGAGAUACACAAUCUCGAUAAUGUGGAAAUCAGUGAGGAGAAUCAGAAAAUUCUUAGCUACGUCCAAGAGUUAAUCCUAAAGAAUGAAACAAUGAAACAGCAGGAGACUGAGUUUAAGGAAAAAUGUAAAAGAGAACUAAUUGAACUGCAGGAUAAAAUACAAAAAGCAGAAGCAGCUGCCUCCGAUGAGAAUAUCGAUGAAUAUCAGAAGCAGCUAGAUGUGGAACAGGAGCGAUUGAAAUCGCUGCGAUUGCAACUAGCUAAGAAGAAUCGCGCAUACGUCUCCAUCAAUCGACAAAUGGAUAACAUUCCCGACCGUACAGAAUUGGCCCAGUAUCAGAGGCGUUUUCUUGAGUUAUAUAAUCAAGUCAGUGCAAAACAUCGUGAAACGAAACAGUUUUAUACGCUGUACAACACGCUGGACGAUACUAAACUAUACUUGGAGAAGGAAAUGUCCUUGCUGAAUUCGAUUUAUGACAACUACGGCAAUGCGAUGCUAUCAUUCAGUUCGAGGGAGCAGUUUUUGCAACAAUUUGAGAAUAUUGUCGAGGGGAUUCGCGUUAACAAGACAAAGGUUAAACGAAAAUGCGAUGACGAGCGGGCCAAACGUGACGGUCUUAAUGCUCAGUUACUGUGUCUUGUGGAACAGCAGCGAAAGUAUGCUGCGACUGUUAAACAGCUGACCGUCGAAUGUCAGCGGAACGAGGCCCUUCUGGCGCGAUAUCAUCAGCUGCAAGCUGCUGCAGACCAAACCGGAGCAAUGCAAGAGGAAUAAUUUCACAAUCUAUAAUUAUCAUUAUCGUACACAAGUGCAUUACAAAUAAAUAAGUUUAUUCUA